CCGACACAGUUACUGAACCAAGUAUCUGAAGAGCGUCAGAUUGGAACUUCUUCUAAUCUUUCUUUUCAUUUGUUUGGACUGAAUGAAGUCAGAACCGGAGGGAAGUCGCUCUGAUGUCCGCAUGUGACCGCAGGUUCUGGUUCCGGACGGUAACAGGACACAAAGAGCGACUUUAACCCAGACAGUUUAUCUCUGGACUUUGGAGCCGAUAAUGACAGGAGCAGCGAGCUGAAGGGCCACGAUGGAUUUCCACGAUCUCACUUCUUUUGAGUCUUUCCAGCAAAGCUGCGGUCGGUACGGCUACGGGCGGAACUUCCGGGCCGAGGUGGAGCAGGAGUUCCGCAGGUCCAAAGGAGUCACAUAUCUGGACCAUGCUGCAGCCACUCUGUACCCGGAGUCUCUGCUCAGAGACUACUUCCGGGACAUUUCCACCAACAUGUACGGAAACCCCCACAGCCACAGUCCCAGCAGCAGCUUGACACACGACACUGUGGAGCGGGUCAGAGACAGAGUGUUGCAGCAUUUCAACACCACCUCCAAAGAAUACUCAGUGAUCUUCACUUCUGGCUGCACAGCUGCUCUCAAGUUGGUGGCUGAGAGCUUUCCCUGGAGCUGCGAUGCUAAGAGGGAAGCUGGCAGUUUCUUCUGCUUUCUCACCGACAGCCACACGUCUGUAGUUGGCAUAAGAGGACAGACUGCAGCUCUGGGGGUCGUUGCCCUUCCCGUUGCCCCGCAGGAGCUGACCGCCAGGGCAAAGGACAGAGUUCAGGGAGAAGAUGCUUCCUGCCAAACACCGCACCUUUUCUGCUACCCGGCGCAGAGCAACUUCUCAGGGAGGAAGUAUCCUCUCAGCCAUGUGAGAGGCAUCCAGGCGAGACGCCUCUACCCGGCGUGCGACCUGCCAGGCCGCUGGUUCGUGCUGCUCGAUGCAGCUUCGCAUGUCGGCUGUUCCCCUCUAAGCCUUCAGGACUGCCCCGCUGAUUUCAUUCCCAUUUCCUUCUACAAGAUAUUCGGCUUCCCAACAGGUUUGGGGGCUCUUCUUGUCCGUAACGACGCAGCAGGCAUACUAAAAAAGUCUUAUUUUGGAGGAGGCACAGCAGCAGCUUACCUUUCUGGAGAGGAUUAUUAUGUGCAGGUGGAAAACAUUUCUGACAGAUUUGAAGAUGGCACCGUCUCCUUCCUGGACAUCAUCGCUUUAAACCAUGCGUUUGAGUCUCUUUACAGGAUAACAGGGAGCAUGCACAGCAUCCAGCAGCACACGUUUGGCUUGGCACGCUACACUUACAUGCUGCUCUCAAGUCUUUGCCAUGGCAACGGUAGGCCGGUGGCGCAGAUCUACGCCGAGAGUCAGUUUGAGAGUCCAAUCACUCAGGGAGCAAUCCUGAACUUUAACCUCCUGGAUUCAAGUGGACAGAUAAUUGGGUACUCACAGGUGGACAGAAUGGCCAGUCUGUACAAUAUUCACCUGCGAACUGGCUGCUUCUGCAACACCGGGGCCUGCCAGGCUUUCCUCGGCAUCUCCAACCAGCAGAUGAAGAGAAACCUGCAGGCCGGUCAUGUCUGCGGGGACAACAUGGACUUGGUGGACGGCCAGCCGACCGGAUCCGUCCGCGUGUCCUUUGGCUACAUGUCCACCUUCGAAGACUGUCAAAAGUUCCUGAAGUUUGUUGCCGAGUGCUUUGUGGAGAAACCCGUCAUGGUAGACCAAGUCAGGCUGCAGAAGCUGAAAACAGCUGGGCCGCCAUCAGAGGAAUCCAAUCAACACCCUUCAGAUGAAAUCUCUAAUGGACAAGUCCACAAAGGAGCUGAGAAGAAAUCCACAGAAGUGUCUUGUAAAGGAUUUGGACAUGGAGACUCAAAACGCUCUGGGGAGGCUUACACUCUGACCAACGUCUAUAUAUACCCCGUCAAAUCCUGCGGCGCAUACGAGGUGCAGGACUGGCCGCUGGGGCCGCUGGGUUUGCUGUACGACAGAGGCUGGAUGGUGGUAAACCACAACGGCGUGUGUCUGAGUCAGAAGAGAGAGACGCGUUUAUGCCUCAUUCGCCCACAAGUCAACCUCGCUGCAAAUAAAUUGUUCCUGCAGGCUUCGGGGAUGGAGACUGUGUCAGUCCCCCUGGAAGACGACGCUCAGCGGCACGCAGACUCUCGUGUGUGUCGCAGUAAAGUUUGUGGUGACAGGGUGGAGACGAUGGACUGCGGAGACGAAGCUGCGUCAUGGCUUUCAGACUUCCUGGGACAGCCGUGCCGCCUGAUAAGGCAACGUCCUGAUUACACGCGAGAAAUGAAGAAGAAGAAGCCGGCCGACGCUGCCGACUCCCCGCUUCUCUCCCUGGUGAACGAAGCUCAGUAUCUCAUGAUCAACCGUGCCAGCGUGGCUCUCAUUCAGGAUCUAAUGAGCAGCAGGCAGGACGGCUGCGAGGCCCAUCAGCUCCUCGACACGCAGAGCGUCAUCAGCCGCUUCCGCGCCAAUUUAGUCAUCGCUGGAGCAGAACCCUUUGAGGAGGAUAAUUGGUCACACUUGAUUAUUGGCGACACACGGUUCAUGGUCGCAGGCCGCUGUGGGAGGUGCCAGAUGAUUGGAGUAGACCAGGACACAGGGACCAAAAGCAAAGAGCCGCUCAUCAGCCUGUCUGCCUACCGGGCUGGGAAGGUGACCUUUGGUGUGUAUCUGAGUCACCAGGAUCCUGAAGGCUCUGCCGGCGCUCACGUCCUCUCUGUUGGGUCUCUCAUCCGGGUCGAGCCGCACAAUUAUUGAACUGAUCGUCUGUUUAUUCCACACUGCAAAAACACAAAAUCCUACAAAGAAUUUUUUUAUUGACUUUCUAGUUCAACUAUCUCAGCACACAUGAAAGAAGUCAAAACUCACUGGUAACGUUUUUUAUUGGAGCUUGUUUUAUGUAUAAUUUCUGAAUAUUGAUGAAAAUGUGCAUCUACUAAAACAGACAAAAUGUAUUUUUAGUGAAAUAAUCUACCAGUGAAACUAACACCCUAUUUUAUGUUUAUUCAAGAAUUAUUGAUUUAAAUCAAGCUCCUGUGUCUUACUGUAAAGUUCCUCCAAGGUAUUUUUGUUUCAUUUCAAGUGUACUAAAAUAUUUGUGAGAAACUAGACCAAAAAUACUUGGAUAGAUUCAUUUUUUGCAGUGUAGGCCUCUUAUCCUGCAGAUUUUCUGCUGUGAUUUUCUUACUGGUUCUUGUCCAGUCAGCUCUGUCAGGUAUCAUGAUGAAGCUCUGGUGGAUUUUCUAUUAAAUAAAUCAGUUUAGUGUCAUUGAUUUAGACACUGAGGCUCUCAUACAUAAAAAAACCCCAACAAAUAUAUAAACUUUAAAGGAAAUAAAAUAGGAAUAAAGGAAAAUAUGUCCAUAUAUUUGCUGAUAUUUAAGAAAUAUAUAUUAGAAGAAAAUACAUGUGAUUAGUUUUCCUCAAAGUAAUGCUUUAUUCCCUUUACCUUUUUAUAUAAUGUCAUUUGUUUAAGGUAGCCACACAAGCAUUUGUAGUGCAUUCUGCACAUUUACCAGGGAAACAGUGGCUUCCCUGAUCCCCCCUCCCUUUUCCCGGUGUUUAAUCAAAUCUGGAGUCAAAGUGCAAUGGCCAAACCAGGCUGUUGAAAACACUCAGUGGGGAAGAAUUACUGCAGUUAAACGAUGAAAAGGAGAAACGUGAAACAAGACGAUUCGUCCCCCGACAGGAAGGACAGGAGGGCGGCUGGAGCAAAGAGGAGCAGUCAGUGAGUAAUUUUUGUUUAAACUAUAUUCAUCCGUCUAUCCAUGUUGUGUAUACCCUUGUCCCUAGUGGGGUCGGGAUAAACUAUAUUAAAUUUAGCAAAAAAAAAACACAUUUUUCUAUAAAUUAAAUUAGCAAGUAGCAGCAGUAAUUUUUCUUAAUAUUCUAAGUUUCUUGUCGUUAAUCCCAUUGGACUCGUUCAAUUCUUUUAGCAAACAGGAAGUUGUGAGCUUGUGUCAGGACAAUAAAAUGUUCUUAAUGAGCAUCAGCUAAUGAAGAAACUGGAGGUUUGGCUUGUAAUAAUAAAUAUUGCUACAAAACCCA